AUGUCGGCAGCUUCUUCAAGCUCCCUUCUACAGAUCCGAAACAACCGCUUGUUUCCCGCCCGAUCUCUUCGGAGAGACUCCACCUCUGUUUCUCAAUUGUGCCUCGCGUCUGGCGUCAGCCGCAGAACAGGAAGAUGCUCCGUGAAGAAUCCUGAGAAGCCUUUCGUGGGGACACGGAUCAGGAGAUCCGGAUCCGACACGCUUCAGCUCUGGAGAUCGGACGGUCCAGGACGGUCGCCGAAGCUGAGGACGGUGGUGAGAUCGUCGUUCUCCGGUGUUCCGGAGAAGCCUCUUGGUCUCUACGAUCCUUCGUUUGAUAAAGAUUCUUGUGGAGUCGGUUUUGUCGCGGAGCUGUCCGGGGAGACCAGUCGUAAAACGGUGACUGAUUCAUUGGAGAUGUUGAUAAGGAUGACUCAUAGAGGUGCUUGUGGGUGUGAGAGCAAUACUGGUGACGGCGCUGGGAUUCUUGUUGGUAUGCCUCAUGAAUUCUAUGCUGAGGCUGCUAAAGAUCUUGGUUUCGUGCUUCCUCCGGCUGGCAAGUAUGCUGUUGGUAUGUUCUUCUUACCAACCGCUGAGUCAAGGAGAGAUGAAAGCAAAAGUGUUUUCACCAAGGUUGCUGAAUCACUUGGACAUUCAGUUAUUGGAUGGAGACCAGUUCCUACUGAUAACUCUGGUUUGGGGAAGUCUGCUUUGCAGACAGAACCGAUCAUCGAGCAAGUGUUCCUUACUCCCACCACUAAAUCCCAAGCUGACCUUGAGCAACAGAUGUAUAUCCUUAGAAGGCUUUCCAUGGUUGCUAUCCGAGCAGCGUUGAACCUUGAACAUGGUGCCAUGAAGGAUUUCUACAUAUGUUCUCUAUCUUCCAGAACUGUUGUCUACAAGGGACAACUAAAGCCUGAUCAGCUGAAGGACUAUUACUACGCGGACCUUGGGAGUGAAAGGUUUACGAGCUACAUGGCCCUGGUAAAUAAAUAUUCUAUUCACAAUCUCUUCAUUUUAUGCUGA